AUGUCUCUAACGUUAGCUCACCCAUCAUCAUGUCUUCUUUUCAUCGUCCUUCUCUUUUCCGGUCAUCCCUCCGCUGAUGCAACUUUCAUUCCCGGCAUCAGAAACGCGGCGGCGCGCAUGUUGAACCGAGCGAGGAAAGCAAAACAGGCAAGAGAGUUUCUAUACACACACAACAUAGCUCGUGCGGCUUCAGGCGUGCCACCUCUUCGAUGGGACAAAGGUCUAGCUCGAUUCGCUGAUAAAUGGGCCAAACAACGUAAAUCCGAUUGCAGUAUGUUACAUUCCGGUGGACCUUACGGCGAGAACAUUUUCUGGUACCGGGAAAAUAGUAUGUGGUCGCUUGGAAAAGUGGUGAAGAGAUGGUCUGAGGAAAGGUUUAACUACGACUCGAAAACAAAUACAUGUGCAUCGGGCAAGAUGUGCGGCCAUUACACGCAGAUCGUGUGGCGUUCCACGACAGCCGUUGGAUGCGCACGUGCGAAGUGUAGUAACAAUCGUGGGUAUCUUGUAGUGUGUGAAUAUAAUCCAAUUGGAAAUUACGAAGGUGAAAGCCCUUUCGAUCGGAUACAAUAA